AUGUCCACCAUGUGUAAGCCAGGCAUGUUCUCUGCGACUGGCGUGGUGCCAUGCAGCCCGUGUGAUAUCGGCCAGUACCAGGACAGCUGGGGAAGCAGGUCUUGUCUGGAAUGUCCAGGGGGAAAGACUACACUAACCCAAGAAGCAAAUGUUACCAUUAAGUCCGCUGUCUUCCUGAAUGAUACGAUGUGGCACAAGCACAUUGUCACCGUCACACAUGGCGAUGUUGAAACGUACACAGACGGUGUAUCUGGAGAGACAACUGGGCAUACAGGCAAGCUGACAAUCAACGGAUCUCUGGUGGUUACUGCUGGAGGGGAAGGGUUCGCCGGAAUCAUCUCCCAGGUGAACAUAUGGUCCGGUAUUCACGCCUCUAUGUCUCGAAGAUGCUUCAGCGAUGAUCACGGAGACUUGUUUUCGUGGCAGACCUUUGCCAAAGCUGAUUUAGUAGACAGUUUCGUACAGAUACCCAGCGAGUGUGAUGACACUGACGUCUGCAGCUCCAGUCCCUGUUUCCAUGGCGACUGCACUGAUGAGCUGGGUGGGUAUAGGUGUACGUGUAGUGGUGGCUUCACCGGAGUGAACUGCGACGUCAACAUCGACGAUUGUGGCGGUAAUGUGUGCGCAAACAACGGUACAUGCGUGGACGGCGUCGAGAGCUACACGUGUUUGUGUACGUCGGAAUAUACGGGCCAGUACUGUGACGAUGUUCUUGUGCACGGGGAAUGGGGAAGCUGGGGCAACUGGAGCAGAUGCAGUGAAGAAUGUGAUGGAGGGGUCAGAAAUCGUACACGGCGCUGUGACAAUCCACAACUUCAGAAUGGGGGGAGGGACUGUGACGGGGGCGACGACGAUGUAGGAGACAGUAACACACAGGCGUGUCCAGUUUGCUCCGAUGUUGUUAAGCCGAUGAAUGGCACUUUUGACUGCGACACGAAAGGGAGGAUGAUGUUCUGCAACGUGAGUUGCGACGAAGGCUACAGCUUCGACAUCCCCCCGCUGGACAUUUACGAGUGCGAAAUCCACCCAGCAGAUGCACUAGACGUUCACUACACAGCCGAGUAUACGGAUCUGAUUUGUGACGCCGCCAAUGUGGACGAGGCAAAAAACAAAGUUCAAGAGGUCGUCCAAGCAGAAAUAUCCUCCAUCCCCUGUAUAAUAGAAAUACGUUGCCAGGUGACCAGUGUUGUUAUUGACAACUGUGAGGGGCAACAACGUAAAAAGCGUUCGGCGUCCCCCGCCGGGUUUACGGUGACGUUCGGAAACAGCCCUGCAACUGGUGUGUACGGAUAA